UGGAUCAUGUCCAAGCGAGCGGGACGCUUCCUGGUCUGCAUCGUCAACUUCCGUGUCUGGCCAUGGGCGCCGCCAUGAGGAGGUCCGAUUGGGGGCGGCGCGUUUAACCGCUCGACGACGACUAACACGGCUUCCGGGCCCUGGGAUCGGCAAUUCUAUUUCUCGGCGUCCUCUGGUCAUGAUAUAAAGGGCCCAAUAUAUCGCGUUACCAUUUUCCAUAUGCCACGCAUUUCUAACCCACCGGCGAAGUAACCUGCGCAAAAUGCGGUCCCUCUCUGUCGCCGUCGCAGCCCUUUGGGCCGGCGCAGCCUGUGCCCUGCCCACCUCCGACUCGUCAACCUCCUCCCUCGCCGCCCGCAAGCCCGCCAAGGCUGCCGUCCUCCCCAACAAAUUCAAGUGGACUUCGACCGGCCCUCUGAUCUUCCCCAAGGAUGACGAUCGUGAGCUCGCAGCCCUCAAGGACCCCACCAUCAUCGAGACCGAUGGCACCUACCACGUCUUCGCCAGCACGGCCAAGGCCGAGGGCUACAACCUCAUGUACAUGAACUUCACCUCCUUCGACGAGGCCAACGACGCCGACUUCUACUAUCUCGACCAGGCGCCCCUCGGCGUCGGUUACCGCGCGGCCCCGCAGGUCUUCUACUUCGCGCCGCAGGAGCUGUGGUACCUCAUCUACCAGAACGACAACGCCGCCUACUCGACCAACCCGGACAUCAGCAACCCCGCCGGCUGGACGGCGCCCAAGACCUUCUACACGGCGCGCCCGCAGAUCGUCGACGACAACAUCGGCGAGGGCUACUGGGUCGACAUGUGGGUCAUCUGCGACGACGCCCUCUGCCACCUCUUCUCGUCGGACGACAACGGCCACCUGUACCGGUCCGAGACCGCGCUGGCCGACUUCCCCGAGGGCAUGAGCGAGCCCGUCAUCGACCUGGAGGACCCGGACCGCUACAAGCUGUUCGAGGCCGCCUGCGUGUACGCCGUCCAGGGCGGCAAGGGCAAGCAGCAGUACCUGCUCCUGAUCGAGGCCAUCGGCACCGACGACCAGCGCUACUUCCGGUCGUGGACGUCGGACCGCAUCGACGGCGGCUGGGUGGCGCUGGCCGACACCGAGGAGAACCCCUUCGCGCGCGCCAACAACGUCGAGUUCGAGGGCGGCGACGCCUGGACCCGCAGCAUCAGCCACGGCGAGGUCAUCCGCACCAUGCCCGACCAGACCCUGACCAUCGACGUGUCGGAGCCCCUGCGCUUCCUGUACCAGGGUAUCGAACCGGCCAAGGAUGAGGGCGAGUACAAUGCUCUGCCGUGGCGUCUGGCCUUAAUCACCCAGCAGAUCGAGCCCAAGCCGGAGCCGGGCUGCAAGCCGCGGCCGUAA